GGUGGGAAAAGUGUGGCCUCGUAGAUCAGCUGAUGUCAGAAAACCAAACAACCACAAGGUCGUGAGAAGGUAAACAUUCAUUUAGGAAACACUUGUUUGGUAAAAUACAUUUUUCGGGGGUUGGGUUUCUUGCUCACGGACACAGCCGGGGUUCGAACCGACAAGCUUCCGCUGUGUCGUCAUCAGGACGCGUCACGUCAUUCAUAUUCAUGAGCUGAGCCGCACUGAAGAUUCGCAUUUUGCGGGAUGCACGAACAGCUGUUGUACUGCAAUAACGGUUUUAUUGACACCGUUACCGAACGUGCGUGAGAGCCAAGUGCGCGUGCACGAUGGCCGAUCGAUCGGUCUGAAACGUUCGAAUCGGCUCCUGGAGGAAGUCUAUUGGCCAUUUCCCGCUGACUACGGAGGUAAAUACGAGGAAUGUCAGUGGAGCCGCUGAAUGGAGCCCACAGGCUAACGCUAUGCUAACAGGCUAACGGCCGCUAUGAGGAAGAGGAAUUAAUCACCUUCAUCCCCAGUUUGACUCGGUGACGUUAGUUGAAGGCCACAUGGACUCGCUGCUGGACUUUGAGGAGUGCGUCAGAGACUCACCUCACUUCAGACUGAAGCUCGAGCUGUUCGAGGCAGAUGUUUCUGUGCUCGAGACACAACUGGAAAAGGUGAUGAAGCUGUGCGGGAAGAUGGUGGAGGCGGGACAAGCGUAUAACGCAGCCAAUCAGCUGUUCCUCACAGGCCUGGCUGAACUCUCCACGCGCAACAAGACGGACGACGUCAUCACUAACUGUCUGAGCCAGUUCAACCAGGGCCUUCAGGAGGUGGUCAGCUUCCACACUAUGUUGUUUGAUCAGACUCAGAGAGCCAUCGGCCAGCAGCUCACCAACCUGUGCACACAGUUCCUGCCCCAGCUGGUGGAGACCAGGAGGGAGUUUGUCCGGAUCGGGGAGGACCUGCAGGCGGCGGCGCUGAAGAACGCUCAGGUGUCUCGGCACAAAGCCGGUGAGGCGGAGCAGGCGAGUCACCUGCUGCUCGCCACACGCAAAUGCUACCAGCACUUUGCCCUGGACUACUGUCUGCAGCUGAACACUUUCAAGACUCAGCAGAAAGUGGACAUCUUGAACUCUAUGUUCUCAUUCGUCCACGCUCAGUUCACCUUCUUCCACCAAGGGUUUGACCUCCUGAGGGACCUGGAGCCCGCCAUGAAGACUAUGGCAGCACAGUUGUCUCAGUCGUCAGCAGAAUGUGCAGCUCAGAGGAAACAGCUGGAGAACAAACAUCUGCUGGUCCAGCAGAGGGAUGCCUCUGGAGAGCAGACGGUGUCUCCGUGUCCCGGCAGUGACGCCAUCAUCUCAGGUUUCCUCUUCAAGCGCUCCAGGAGGAAACCCAAGACCUGGAAGAGAUACUGGUUCUCCAUCAGAGACAACCAGCUCGUCUACAGGAAGUCUCCCAGGGAGGAGCCUCUGGUUCUGUUUGAGGAUCUCAGGCUUUGUGCCGUUAAGUCCACGGAGCACACGGAGCGCCGCUUCUGUCUGGAGCUGCUGUCCAUCCACAAGUGCUGCGCUCUGCAGGCGGACUCGGACCUCCUGAAGCUGUCGUGGCUCGCUGCUCUUCAGGGAAGCAUCGACCUCGCCUACAGCCAGCGGGACGCCGCCUCACGGGCACGUACGCUUUGUACACAGGUACACGCGCCCCCCCGGCCCCCGGCCCCCCCCCCCAACAGGCCCGCGGCGCUGGCCGUGGCCCUCGGCGGCCCCGGGAACCAGAGGUGCUGUGACUGUGGAGAGGAGGAGCCUCGCUGGGCCUCCAUCAACCUGGGGGUGACCAUGUGUAUCCAGUGCUCCGGCAUACACAGGAGCCUCGGCGUGCACCUGUCCAAGGUGAGGUCUCUCACUCUGGACUCCUGGGAGGCUGAGCAGCUGAAGCUGCUGUGCAUUCUGGGAAACGACGCGAUGAACCGGAUCUACGAGGCGAGGUGUUCAGAGGAAGGUGGAGUCAAACCUGGAGCCGACAGCCCGAGAGCCGAGAAGGAGACGUGGAUCAAAGAGAAAUAUGUGGACAGGAGAUAUGUGCAGGACAGCAUCUCAGAUGGAGCCCGUGGCAGGAAGGCUGGGGCCGGGAUGCGACUGUACCGGGCCGCGGCCGCCGGGGACCUGGUUACCAUGGCGACGGCGUUGGCCCAGGGGGCGCAGGUCAACGGGAGCAUCGACGAGGAGGCGGGGCGCACGCCGCUGAUUGGAGCUGCAGUUGGGGGCUCGCUGUCGGCCUGCGAGUUCCUGCUGCUGAACGGAGCCAACGUCAACCACCGCGACCUGAGGGGUCAGGGGGCGCUGCACGCCGCCGCCACCGCUGGCCACACCGGACAGGUGUGUCUGCUGCUGAAGCGAGGAGCCAAUCAGUACGCGGCGGACGAGCGAGGGCAGGACCCGUUGGCCAUCGCCGUGGAAACGGCCCACGCCGACAUCGUCACACUACUGCGCAUGGCCCGGAUGAACGAGGAGAUGAGGGACUCGGAUGGAUUCUUUGGAGCUACAGGAGACGAUGAGACCUUCCAGGACAUCUUCCGUGACUUCAGCGACAUGGCGUCACACGACCCGGAGAGGCUCAGCAGACGGAACUUCAGCCGCGAGGAGGAGGGGGAGGGGGAAGAGGAGCAGGAGGAGGAGCAGCAGCAGCAGGAGGAGCAGCAGAAAGGCUGAACACUGUAGAUGACACAUAGUGAGACUUUGAGCUGACUGCUCCACUGUGAAGGUCCACGUUACUGCAGGAUCUCCUCAAUCAUCACGCAGAUGAGUGGAGUAGUCUCACAUUCAAUGUCCAGCGAAGGACUUUCUCCAUUUGUCCUUCAUUUAGAAGUAUUUCAUUUAUCAUGUUUUUAUCCCUAUAGAAUAGUUGUUUUUAAUGUUUUUAGUCACUGAACCUGCUCGCUGCUCCUUUAAGAGGAAGAACUGCAUCAACAGGUCCAGGGUCAAAGGGCACAGUCUCAGUGGGUGGCUUGCGCCCCCGGUGGACUGAUCAGGAACAGCUACUACUGAGAUGCAACCAAGAAGACUGAAGCACCACAGGUCUCUUCAUCGUCUCCUGGAUGUUGGAGGCAGGAGGAGGAGGAGGAGGAGGAGGGCGGGUUCUGCUUGGGGAGAUUUUUCAUUUCAUUCCAGACUGUUAUGUGAUGCUUA